AUGCCCAAUAUCGCAUGGACAAGCUCCAAACAGGGUCGAUAUAGGGAAGCAGAAAUGCUUCAAACCCAGGUCCUGGAAACUCGCAAGAAAAUAUUAGGCGAACAAAGUCUCGACACACUCUACAGUACACAUGAACCCACGCUCUCUAGAGCAACUUGGGAUGCAAGUCAUGGAAAUGAGCAAGAAAAAAUUGGAGCAGGCCAUCCUCGAACAUCGAUGAUCAUGGGCUACCUUGCCUCAGCAAUCCGGAGCCAAGGGUGGUACACCGAGGCAGAGCAACUUAUGAAGCAGGUUACGGAAAAGAGCGAGCAAGGCAAAUUUUGGGGCAGAUGA